AUGCCUGAACUGACGGAUCAUUUGAGCCGUUACUUCCGGCAGUCCAGGCGCAAGAAGGGGGAGACCAUGAAUGAGUACGUCACUAGAAAGUCAGAACUGUAUGCAAGAGCUAGGCAAGGACUUCACAGGGUGAUGUCUCACUAUGAGAAAAAGAAGCCAGCGUGGGAGAAGAGCUAUGGCGGCUAUAGCCGUCCAGGGUCCACCGACCCUUGGGCCAACUACAGGAGGACACCCUCCCUGGCUGGCAGUCAGAACCUGAGUGCUGAGGAGAUUCAGGAUGAUCGGGAAGCGCUUGCUCGACCUGAUGAUCAAGCUGAGGCCACCGAGGAUGCAACUGAGGAGCGAAGCUCCACUGGUCCAGGUCCUUCAGGAGACUCCUGGAGUUAUCCGGACUGGUGGUCAAAUGACUGGUGGAGUACCUCUUGGACACCUUCCGAGAAUGCCGACUGGAAUGUGGAAGCCCCUGAACUACUACCAGAGUAUGUCCAGGGCUGGUACCUCUUGUUUGAUUCUGGCCUGGACACCAACGAGCGCAACAUGGUCGUGGCAGCCCUGAAGGGCGACUUCACUAUGACCCGAGUGGCACAGGAGCUACGCAGCCAGUGGACUGAUGAGGACUUGCGUCGUCGAGAUGCAGCCAAUCGUCACUCCAGCUGGUGGGUGGAUGAGAAUGAAGAGGCCGAGUCUGAGGACUAUGACACUGCCUGGGUUGCCCAGGCUCACCGCAACUUCAAUGACGAGGGCCUCGCACUCCUGGGUGAAGCUGAAGAUGUGGCUCAAGAAGCCCUAGCCAUGAUGGAGCGCGGGCGUCGCACCUUGAAAGAGGCCAGACAGAAACAACAUCAGGUGAGGAUGUCUCGGAAGUACUACCGCACCAACUUCAAGCCCUCUGGAAGCACUUCGGCUGUAGCUUCUGGCACAGAUCAAAAGUGCUUCCGAUGUGGUGGUCCUCACAAGACUUCAUCAUGUCCAAAGGCAAUGGCAACAACGACAGCCUCUUCAGCCGAAGAGCAGGCUGCACCUUUCAUCUGUUUUGCACAAGACCAGAUCACCAAGGACCAUGAGAUUGUGGAGCCCUAUGUCCCGGACGACCACGAGGUGAACUACCUGGAUGCUGGGUUCUCCGAUGCUUGCCCAGAGGCCUUUUUUGAUGUUGCCGACACCAGCAGCAUAGGGCCUAUCUCCACUCAGAUGGCCGUCGAGCAAGGCAAGGCUGUCGUUGAUGGAGGGGCUACAAAGACCCUUGGCAGCGUGGUGGCCCUCGAGAAGAUCAUUGCCCUCAACAAGUACAAGCAUGGGACUUCUCGCCUGGCCGACCUUGACUUGGAGAACAAGCCUACGUUUGGUUUUGGAAAUUCAUCAAAGAACCAGUGCGUGUCCACAGCCUCACUCGAGGUUCAAGCCGAUGGCAAACCUGGACAAGUACAAGUACAUGCGUUGGAUGCGGGAGCAGGACCUGUGCUGUUCUCCAUUGAGUCCUUACGGGCCUUGGGAGCAAUCAUCGACUUCUCCGAGGACAUGGUCGUCUUCCGCAAGAUCAACCCGUCCAAGAUCAUCAAGAUGGAACGUUCGGCCACUGGCCAUCAGCUGCUGCCCAUGACUCAGGAUUGGUACAGUGAUGCUCAGAGCACUGCACAGCCAGUGCCAAAGGAACUGGUGGAAGAGCUCCUGAUGACCUUUGGCGAAACAGCUCCAAAACAGUGGAGCAUCAUGGAGAUCGAGAGCCGCCUUUUGGAACUCAAGGAAGCCAACGGGAUGAUCACUCAAAAAGGGAAGGUACGGCCACCGAUGCGCCAUGCCAUGAUCGAGCUGAACAAGGCCAGCAAGAAGAAGUCCGACCUUGUGGACUACGUGAACAACAAGCUCAUGGUGAAGACCCGCGGCACCGAGACCAUUCAGGAGCUGCAGCGCUUGGGCACCAAGAAGAUCUACCAGACCACAGCCGCCUCUCCGGAGGAUCCUGUGGGGUUCGGGGAACACUGCAGUCUGCAGUACCACGAGCUUCUAGCCCAACACCCACAGUAUGCCAGUUGGGUCGUGAAGACCGCCACCGAGGGGGAAUGCGACUACCGCCUGGCCCGUCUGGCCAAUUGGCUCCAGAGCCCAGAGGCACAGCAUCCGAUGCCGACCUACAAGCAGACCUCCAGCGGCUACAAGAACACAUCGACGCCGGCCAGCGGCUCGAAUGGCAAGACCGAGAACAUGAUGAUGCAGAUGAUGCAGAUGAUGCACGCCCUCAAGGAGGACGUGGACAAUCUGAAAGCCGAGAGGCCUCACAAGAAGGUCGAAGCAUCCAGUGUCUCCGAGAUGACAGAGUCAUCCACAGGCUCUUUCGUGCCGAUCCCACAAUUGAUUUCGAAUGCCUUUGAGGCCCUGCUAUCACACCAGCGCAUAGAGCUGCUGGAAGUGGCAUGUUCGGCCGACAGCGUGCUGUCUCGCACCAUGCAACAAAAGAAAGGUGACGAGGGUGCGGUGGGCAUUUGUGAACAGGCUAUUCAGGGUACCAAGACUCUCAUGAACAAAAUAGCUGAAGAUGACCCAGAAGUCACCGCAGCAGAAGCUCUGGCUGAAGCCACUAGGACCUUUAAUAGCCGAGAACUGAUCCGAGGCUAUUCGCCCAUCCAACAUGCCCUUGGCCGCGCGCCUGAUGCCACCGGGCGACUUUUCCCUUGCGGCCCAAGUGAAUGUCCAGAGCUGCUGGUAGAGAACGCCUCUGGUGAGAUGGAUCGCCAGCCCCAGCGAAUGCAAAGUGCGGAAAAGGCCUUCCUUGAAUGGACGGCAAGCCAGAGACUCCAAAAAGCCAAGAACUCAAAACCCAGAGAUGUCACCAACUAUGAGCCAGGAGACCUAGUGUAUGUGUGGAGAAAGCAAGUGAGCGGCCAAGCAGCCAUUAAGGGUGGCUCGUUUGUGGGGCCAGCCCGCAUCCUGGCGGUGGAGCAACAUCGCUCUCCCGACGGGACCCACAAGCAGGGCAGCUCAAUUUGGUGCGUCAGAGGGAGAAGACUUCUCAAGUGCUCCCCAGAGCAACUACGUCGAGCCUCCGAGCGGGAGGUCCUCUUAGAAGAACUACAUGCCAAACAGUACGAUGACGGGGACUUUGAUAGAGUAGCUCAACAACUUGGAGGGAACGAGUUUCUGGAUGUGUCCACCGAGGCCAACAGAGCGAUCCAGGAGUCCAACUUCCAGGCCUACGCCUUCUACAUCCUCAGGAGCACCCGUGUCACAGAGGAAGUGUUUGCAGUCACCGAGAGCACCUUCUGGAUGGAUGAGACCGCGGCCGUGGCCGUGGAGGUUCCCAUGCCAGACACACGUGCUGGAUCUGAACGAGCUCUUCGAGAUCUCCCUUCUUACUUUGCCAGUAGCUUGAAGAAACGGUCAGCAGUUGAAGUCUGUGAGCGUCACCUAUCUGAGGAAGAGCGACAACAGUUCCGAUCUGCAAAGGCCGUUGAAGUGAGUAACUUCAUAGCUGCCAAGGCUUUUGAAGCCCUUCCAGAGAAACUUCGCCCAGCACGCGAACAAGCAGUGAAGAUGCGCUGGAUACUGACAUGGAAGCAGAAGGAGGAUGGCAGCCGAAAGGCGAAAGCCAGAGCCGUCCUCUUAGCAACGACUUCUCCAACCACGACUCGCCAGACCAGGCAACUGCAGAUGCAAUUAGCCGCUUCAUAUCGCCACAAGAUGCGAAAAGGUGAUGUGACAGGUGCUUUCCUGCAAAGCAGGCCAUACCCUGAUGACCUUUUUUGUAUACCAUGCCCAGAGAUCUGUGAAAGGAUGGGACUCCCAGCAGAGUCAAUCACCAAAGUGAAGAAAGCCUGCUAUGGCUUAGUUGAUGCGCCCCUGGAAUGGUAUCGUUCCAUUUCCGAUUUCUUUGCAAAACUCGGAUUGCAAAAAUGCUGGAGUGACGCAUGCUGCUGGGUUUAUGUGGUUGAUGGGGAGUCUGAGAAAACACAGCUUCGGGCCUUGCUGGGAGGGGUCUCAUGGCACGCACAACAAGUUGCGCCCCACUUCAGUGCUGAAGUCGGCUUGCUGUUGUCAGAGGUGAACAAGAGUACUAUAGAGACCAUUUACAAGGCUAACAGGGAAGAAAAACAAGAGGAAUUGGAAAACCAACAGAUGAGUCUUUUUGACCGACCUGGCAUUGCAGUUGAGGAGGAGUUGGUUCAAAUCUCUGGUGGGACAAGCUUUCCAAAUCCAACCAAUAUCUGGGAUGACAAUGAUGAUGACGGCCCGGUGCAACCCAGUGGUUCAGGUGGAGCUCGACCAUUGGUUCAAAACGAAGCCCAGGUUGUUGAUGAUGGAGAUGGUGAAGAAGUUCCCAAUCCGAGUUUACGUUUGGAGGAGCAGUCACAGAAACGCCCAAAGGUGGAGGCAGCAAAGAAGGCCAGACUUUCCAUGCUGACAGAGGAGGAGUUUCAAGAAACAUCACAACGUGCUGGUGGACGUGACAUGGCUCAGCUGGCGAAGAUGGUUGCCAGAAUCAUUGCAACAAUGGGCCUUGGGCCAACAGGCGCGAUGGGUCAACCAACAUGCAUGGCAGACCCAGCCCCUUCAACUGACAAGUGGUGGUUCAAAGUUGGAGUGAUGCUUUUGGUUUUCAUCCUGGUCGCAUUUGCAGUUGGAUGUUUUGUGGUGCGCCGCUACGUGAAGAGACUACUUCACGACCUCUACCAUCUUUCCGUUCAAGUUGCAGAAGCCGACACAACAAUCGGUGAACACAUGGUUGCAGUGCCACAACUUCGAAAUGAGGUCAAUGGUUUACGUUUGCAGUUGGAUGAUGUGAGUCAGCGAUGUGUCAUGCUGACAAAUCAACUUGCACAGUUUGAAGGAGAUAUGGAAACCUUGAGUGACCGACAAGACGGCUUGCACUACGGUUUGGUGGAAGUGGGCGGAUACGUCCGAGCUCACGAGUUGACAGCAGCUCAAAGGACGAUCCGAACUCAGUCCAGGGGUUACACCCAUGGAGAGGAUACAGAUCCCCCGGUAGAGCCAGAAUCAACCGCUACAAGUUCACAUGCAAUGGCAGCCACAGCAGCCAACAACAGAGUCAAUGCAAGGAGGAUUGGAGAGAACGCAGAAAGUUCCAAUCCUACCUCAGACAUGGAAGUGGAUGAUGUGACUCUUAAUCCAUCUCGAGACAUCAGCACACGACGUGGAGAACUUGAGGUGACAAUCGAUGACCUACGGACAGAGUUGGACCAGGCUUUGACUUCAGCAGCCUGGAAUGAUGCUGCAGAGCUUCAACAUACAAUUCUGAUCUUGCUGGAUCGAUUGCAGACUCAUGACCUACGUGAUCGAGAUGCCAGACGUGAAACUUUUCAACGUAUGGCUGAUCGCAUGGAAAACCUUUCCAGACGUGCCCGAAAUCGAGGAGAUGGAGUGUUAGCAAAUCAAUAUAUGGACUAUGCCGCAAGUUAUCGAAACUCAAUUUGA